UUGGGGUGCGGAUCCGUGCUUUGUUCUCGGUAGCCUGUUUUGUUUUGAUUUUGUCGGUUUUUACUCCAGUCAGCGUUUGUUGCUAUAAUGUAGUUUGAAUUAGCCGCGAGUUAACUCAAUAGAGCGUGCGUGAGUGUUAAUUUUCAGCCACCAUCAUGGGGUGUAGCUGCUCGACCGAAAGCGAAGAUGACGAACGGGAAUUUUAUCCCCAAGGAACGAGCCGUCAUCGCGGGCAAAACGAAAACAAUCCCUCUUCAGCUGGAUCAAGAGUGCACAUUAUUUCACCUUAUUCACCAGGGGCUAGCCGUCCCGCGCCGUCACCUUUUCAUGAAAGUUUUGUGCCCAGGCCACGGUUAUCAACAUCGACUACGGUUACGACGUUAUCUAGUAGAACAACAAUUUCGCCGCAGCCGAUUUUCAUAAAUGAUCUCAUCACACCUAGGCCAGCAACUAGACCAUCAGCAAAGCCAGUUGCUCCGGUUCACGUGAAGCCAUCGGCCACCUCCAGAUGGUCCGACGCUAGAUCCUGCCAGGCCUGUGGGGAUCCGGAUCAUUCGAAAUCGGACUGCCGCUAUCGAGAUCGAUUGUGCUUCAACUGUCGACAGGAGGGACACAUCAUCCGGAUUUGUCCGGCCAAACAGAGGAACCAAAAGCAGAGCAAUAAUCGUGGCAAAGGCGGUCCUAAGGGGAAGAAAGUGAGAACCAGAAGACACUAACAAGAGGGGUAGUUGUUUACUCUAAAUGGGUGACAAUAAAGUUCCCAUAUAUAUUUUUUUUAAUGCUUCAAAAUUGUAACCCUGCUUAAAGAUAAAUUACAAUCAGUGACAAAAGUUGGUAAUCAAGAACAAUUUCCAGUAUUGUUUUGCUCAUGUGUGUUCUUGAAUGGAUGAUUUAUGAAGAAAAAUUGAAGUGACUGAUACCAUUUGAGUUCAUUAAGAUUUUCGUAAAGCUAUUUAAAAAAAAAAAACAAAUGUGUCGAACCCAUUUAAAUUUUUAUCAUCAUAAUUUAUUGAGACAAAAGUACGUAACCUUAAAAGAAGAAAGAGCUAAAGUUCACAAAAUUCAAAAGUAAAACAAGUUAAAGCAUAACGUAUCUCUAAACUCAAAGAAGAUUCAAAUGAAUUAUUCGACCAUCCUUCAAUAUGCUAUCAAUAAAUAUUCAAAUACCCUAUCAAUAUUUAAAUAACAUUGAUCACCGGAGUAGCUUUGAUCAACAUGAAAUUUUUCCACAUAAUCAUCAACAACUAAGUCUUAAGUUAAAAUAUCUUUAAAUGUUUUUCUUUGUUUAAAAACCUUCAUUUUGAGUUUCAAAUUGGGAAAACUUGGUUUGUUAUUGAAAAUUUCAAAUGUAAGUAAAAAUGUUAUAUCAAAAUCUUGAAAUUUCUAAUUUUUCGAAGGCUUGUAGACAAACACUCUUUCCGAUGAAAUCAAAGCGUUUAGAAGCAGCAGGUUGAUCAAUGUAACAGUUCAAAAUUUUUCCUGAGUAAAUUUAUAGUUUUGGUGGAGUUUUUGUUGUAUUUUGAGGUAAAUUUUUGAUAUUUAAAAAAUAGGGACAUUUUCCAAGAGCUAACUAGGUUACGACAAAAGGCUAGAAACCCUACCAAAUGAAAAAGUUUGAAGGAAAAAAUAAAGUGGAAUAGUGCGAGGGACAAGAGAAUUGAAUGAAGGCAAAAUUUCAUUUUUUGUGUAGUUAAUUUUUUAUAUAAAUAACUAAUAUUAAAAAAAAUGAGCCCCUAAUAAUGCAGCAUCAUUGUCCAUCUUUCGAUUUUAUUUGUUGUUCGGACUUAACACACGAAUUGUCUAAGUUUAUCAAUUACUAGCAUUUGUACAAAUUAGGAAGAUGUUUUGUAUUCUUUAUGAUCAAAAAAAUUCGUUAAAACCGUCAAAAUAGAGACUGAUCUAUGUUAGCCCAAAGCAUCAAAUUCUAAACAAAGUCGAAAUCGAUUUUUAAAUCAAAUUUAACCUAGUCUAAUAAAUUUCUGCAGCCAUGUUUUACGUUCAUAAGAGUCCAGUUCUAGUUUUAAAAUAUAAAGACAUACACCGUCUUAGCCGCUUUAGGCUUUACAGACUGAAUAAAUGACGUGGACAACUUAAGAUUAACAUUUAACACCCAGUACCGAGAUGGGAAUCGAUCCCAUGCCAUCAGUGGACCAGCGAUUACCGUCUUACCACGCUAACCACUCGACCACCGAGACGUACAUGAGACAUGCCACAUUCCCCUUAACAGAAAAAAUAAUCGAGAAAUGUUGAAAAAAGUGAUCAAUCCUAUCUCCUUGUACGGUACUACUUUUCGUGGAGAAAUUGCGUUUUGCACAUGAUAACUACUUCCAAUAUAGGUUUAAAGCCGAAAAAUCGCUCAUUUUGAUCGAGAGUUAAUACUGAACCUAAACGCCUCAAAAUACUUCCAAACCCUCAAAUUUUAAUUCCAUUGAGUAGUUUGAAAGGCAAGUUGAAAUUUUCCGAAAAAAAAAUGUUUUCAAACAAUUCAGAAGUGGAAAACAACAGUUAAGUGAAUCUGAGAGUGUACUCUAUCUACAGUGUCUAGAAACCUUAAUAAUAACAAAAAUUGUCAUAGUCGAUGCUUGAUUUGGUAGUUGUUUUAUUUUUGAAUUUUAAUGAAUUUAACAAAAAUUGUCAUAGUCGAUGCUUGAUUUGGUAGUUGUUUUAUUUUUGAAUUUUAAUGAAUUUAUACUUUUUCCUAAUAUGGAUUCUGAUGAUGAAAAUGGAGAUCUAAAGAAUUUAUUUUAAGCUAUUCUUGUUUUUUCGUAUAAACCUUACAGCAAUGAUCUCAAAGACCGAUACUAGUUGUUAGAUUGAUUUAUAGUUCUGAAUUGUUGAAGUAUUUUUAAAACUCUGGGAACUUUAUUGCCACCCUGUAUGAUAGAUGUACCAUUGUUGUUGUAGUUCUCUAGAAGUGAUGUCGAUAAAAAGUUUUAUUAAAACUUUAUUCACUUGGAUUGAUGAAAAAGAGUUGAACAAGAUAAGAUUUUUUUAAAUCUACAUUUUAAACAAACGAGUUGUUGAAACCCAUGUUACACUGAAGAUCCAGCAACA